AUGGGACCUUCGCGAUUAGAUAAUGAAGAAGCUGCGAGCUUUCAAUCUGAUUAUGUUCCAUCCAUGGUGAUUAGAGAGCAUAACAAGCACAUUAUUCAACCACCUAAUUUCUCAUCACAUUCCAUCUCAAAAUAUUUUAGAACGAGAAUACCUUCCAUGUUUUUAACAGGAGACGAGAUAGAUCAAUUUACUUGGAAUGACGUUUUUAAUCCUUUCUCUUCGCUCAAAGAAAUGAAUAGUCGUCAGUGGAAUUUCUUUUUAGUUGGUUUCGCAGGUUGGACUUGGGAUGCGUUUGACUUUUUCCUUGUUAGUUUGAAUGUUUCGUCUAUUGCAAAGGAUCUUGAUAGAACUGUUAAAGAUAUCACUUGGGGUAUCACUUUGGUGCUUAUGCUCAGAUCAGUUGGUGCCAUUAUUUUUGGAUUAUGGGGUGAUAGAUAUGGAAGAAAAUGGCCUUAUAUUACAAACAUGUUUCUCUUGGUUAUUCUUCAAAUAGCUUGUGGGUUCGUGAAAGAUUACAAUUCUUUUUUGGGAGUUAGAGCAUUAUUUGGAAUCGCCAUGGGUGGUAUGUUCGGAAACUGUGCAGCUUGUGCUUUGGAUGAUGCCCCAAAGAAAACAAGAGGCUUCUUGUCAGGAUUUUUUCAACAAGGAUAUGCCUUCGGAUAUUUAUUGGUUGUUAUAUUUCAACGUGCUAUUACGGACAAUUCGAAAUAUAGUUGGAGAGCAUUAUUCUGGUUUUCAGCUGGUCCUGCAGUAAUUUUCAUGGUUUGGAGGUUCUUCUUACCAGAAACAGAUACAUUCUUAAGGCAAAAGCAAAGGUUGUACGAGAAUAACGAGAAAAAAAAACUGAAGGUAUUUGAGUUUAGCCAAGAAGGGAAAAAAGCCGUUAAAAGUUACUGGCUUGUCCUACUUUAUACCGUCUUUUUGAUGUCCGGUUUCAAUUUCAUGUCCCAUGGUUCCCAGGAUUUGUAUCCUACUUUACUAUCAAAGCAAUAUGAAUUUAGUUCUGAUCGCUCUACGGUUACUAACGCUGUGGCAAAUUUGGGUGCAAUCACAGGUGGUUUGAUUCUUGGUCAUAUGUCUACUUUCAUUGGACGUAGAUUAGCAAUUGUCGUGGGGUGUGUUCUUGGUGGUGCCAUGAUAUAUCCAUGGGCGUUUAUUAAAGGCUCGGGUAUAAACGCCGGUGCAUUUUUCUUACAAGCUGGUGUUCAAGGUGCCUGGGGUGUUGUUCCUAUUCAUCUUUCUGAAUUAUCUCCACCACAGUUCAGAUCUUUUGUCACUGGUCUUUCUUAUCAACUUGGUAACUUAUGCUCCAGUGCUAGUUCGACUAUUGAGAGUACAAUAGGUGAGAGGUUUCCGAUUCACAGAGAAGGCGAAGAGGAUAUAUAUGAUUAUGCAAAAGUGAUGCUGAUUUUUAUGGGAUGUGUGUUUGCAUAUUUGAUCAUAGUUACCGUUUUUGGGCCAGAAAAUAGAGGUGCUGAUUUAGGAAUUGAAAGAGAUGAAAUACUUGAUGAGGACGACGUUCACGAUGUAACUCAAAAAUCGAUUGACUCGAUUGAACAAUAUAAACCCGAGAAUAACGAAAAGAAGCCAGCAAUUAUUCACGUAGAAUAA